UUGAUAAAAAGCUUCGUUUGAACACGCAAAAUAAAAGACGGUUGGCUGGCCGUGAACUUUCAUAGCGCCGGCGACUUGUUUUCUCUGCACCAGAUUCAACUAUAUUCAAAUAUUUCAAUACACUUUCCCUAAUGCACAUCAAAUCAAUCAGUUUAUCAAUUCUAUGAUUUAAGAUUUCUCGUAGUCGUCUCUCAAUAGUUAUCCAGUAUUGGUUGAAUUGUAUGUUACCGGCACCGGUCAUUGCAUGAGCCUCCGCUCGCUUUUGCAGAUCUCUCAUUCUCUGGUUUUUUUCUGAGGUUUGAUGCUGAUACUUCAUAUCGUAUAUUCAGUAUGCCCGGGGCGGCCAAAACAACUCGUAAGAAGUCGAAUGUAGAAGAUGAUGAAAGAACUUUGGAAAGCUUGAAACGAGAACUAAAACCCCAAAACAAGGGCCACUCCUCAAAAUCUAAAAGAAAAGCACGAGAAAUAAAAUCCGGCAUCAAGGUUCACUCAUCCUUAUCUAAGUGUAAAAGCAAGAGCUCAGGAAAAGAUGAUGGAAAUGUGAGCUUCAAGAGGAGAAAGGUUGUCAAGAAAACCAUUUUCAAUAGGACCAAAACCUUCAAGAAGCAACCAUCUUUCGGUGGUCUGAAAGAUAAAUCUACUAAUGCUAAUAAGGCCAAUGAUAAAGAUGCGAACUCACGGAAGUCAAAGAGAAGGAAAAAGAAGAAAAAAAACAAUGUGGAGCUUGACGAAGCUUCUCGCUUGCAAAGGCGGACAAGAUACCUAUUAAUAAAAGUGAAACUGGAGCAGAACCUAAUUGAUGCAUACUCAGCAGAAGGUUGGAAAGGUCAGAGCCGAGAAAAGAUUAAACCAGAGAAAGAACUACAAAGAGCUGAACAGCAGAUAUUGAAGUGCAAACUUGGGAUUCGUGAAGCCAUUCAUCAAUUGGAUUUGCUAAGUUCGGAUGGGCGUAUAAAUGAUGCAGCAGUUGCUCCUGAUGGAUCUAUGCACCAUGAACAUAUAAUCUGUGCCAAAUGUAAGUUGCGUGAAGAGCUCCCAGAUAAUGACAUUAUUCUUUGUGAUGGGACAUGCAACCGUGCUUUUCACCAAGAGUGCAUGGAUCCUCCAUUGUCUACAGAAAAUAUUCCUCCAGGGGAUGAAGGGUGGUUUUGCAAAUUUUGUAAGAAGAAGACAGAGAUACUGGAAGCAACAAAUGCUCACCUUGGGACUCAUUUUCCCCUGGAUAGUAGUUGGCAAGAUGUUUUCAAGGACGAAGCUGCAUUACCUGAUGGUGCAAAUUCUGUGUUAUUUCAAGAAGAGGAAUGGCCAUCCGAUGAUUCUGAAGAUGAUGACUAUGAUCCAGAUAGAAAUGAAUGCAGUUGCAGUGGCAAUAUGUCUACAUCUGAAUCUGAUGCUUCUCGGUGUAGUUCCAGUUUCCUGGGCUCGCUUGAGGAUGAAGAUGGAAGAUUUGAAGUUAGAAGCAAUAGAUCUUUUGAUGAAACUCUGGAGUUAAUUGGAGGAGAUUCUGAUGAGAUCCAGAAUGGUGAAGUUGUAUCCCAUCCUAGACAGAGAGCAGCUGUCGACUAUAUCAAGCUAUACAAUGAAAUGUUCGGAAAGAAUGCUACUGAAAGUGAACAAAUCAGUGAAGAUGAAGACUGGGGUCCCACCAAAAAGAAGCGGAAAACAACGGAGACUAAUGCUGCCAGCACUUUGAUAACUCUAGGUGAAACUGAUAACAAAUUUUGUGUGGAAGCUCUUUCAGAUUUGAAAGAGAAACAGUUGACCGAGAAGAUGAAAAGACCAAUUUUCAGACUCCCGCAUGAUGCAGUCGAGAAGCUUAGACUUGUUUUUGCUGAGAAUGAACUUCCAGAAAGAGCUUUGAGAGUGAGUCUUUCGAAGCAGCUAGGCCUAGAAUUUGAGAAGGUGAACAAAUGGUUCAAGAAUGCACGGUACCUGGCGUUGAAAGCGAGAAAGCAAACCGGAAGUGCAGAAGUUCCAGUUAGCCCUGGUAUUCAAAAGGAAUCCUCAUCAGAUACUAAGGAGGGUGUCUGGGAUCAAAUCCAAUCGAGGAACAAUACUGCAUCAGCAAAGACUAAGGUUUCAAAAGGAAUUCUUCAAAGAAGGAAUACCCACUUGCUGAACCAUUCUAAUAAGAUAAAGCAGCGACGGAAACCAUUGUUACAAUCAGGCAGAAACCAGAUGAGUGUGGAUCCUGGUGAUGAUGUGAGCCUGAAGCAUCUACGAGACAAAGCGAAAGAAGCCAAGAAGAAGCUGAAUAGCAAAAGCAGGGGUUGUAUGCUGGAAUCAGAAACCAAGAUGAAAAGGCUCUGUGAAAUCAAGAGUAGGAUAGAGAUACUGCAUCGACGUCUCCUUGAACUUCCAUGCUCGAGAUUAGGUAAAGCCAAGGGUAAUAACUCAGGUGACUGCUCUGUUCUUUUUGUACCAAUAGCAGAAUUAAAGGAGAAAAUGUGACCAUAUUUUUUUAACUUUUUUUUGAAAUUAUUAUUAGACACUUUUUUGCAUUACAUUUUUCUGCAAUAUGCCUGUUUCUCUGCAAUUAGAGAGAUAAAGAGUCAUUUGCUUUUGGUGAAUAGAUAGCAUCUCAAGACUUGUGCUGUAGUUGUAGAUAUUUGAGUCCGGCCAUGUAUUAUCAGAUGAAAAUCAGCAAUGAGUUAAUAUAGUAACAGAUGAAGUUUUUUAGUUAUA